AUGAGAGCACUCCAGAGACUGGUUCGGGGCAGGGUCCUGCUCCUGGCCAUCUGUGCCGCUGGCAUUGGAGGGACCUUCCAGUUUGGCUACAACCUUUCCAUCAUCAAUGCCCCAACCUUGUACAUUCAGAAGUUCACCAAUGAGACCUGGCAGGCCCGGACUGGCAAGCCACUGCCCGACCACCUGGUUCUGCUCGUGUGGUCGCUCAUCGUGUCUCUGUACUCCCUUGGGGGCCUCUUGGGAGCACUCUUUGCAGGACCCAUGGCCGUCAUGUUGGGGAGGAAGAAGUCCCUUCUGGUGAAUAACAUCUUUGUUGUGGUGGCAGUGAUCCUGUUUGGCUUCAGCCGCAAAGCAGGUUCAUUUGAGAUGAUCAUGCUGGGAAGACUGCUCGUGGGCAUCAGUGCAGGUGUAAGCAUGAACAUCCAGCCCAUGUACCUGGGAGAAAGCGCCCCCAAGGAGCUCCGAGGUGCUGUGGCCAUGACCUCAGCCAUCUUUGCAGCCCUGGGAAUUGUGAUGGGACAGGUGGUUGGACUCAGGGAGUUCCUGGGUGGCCCACAGUCCUGGCCCAUGCUGCUGUCCAGCUGCCUAGUGCCCGGGAUGCUACAGCUUGUCUUCCUGCCCAUGCUUCCGGAGAGUCCGCGCUACCUUCUCAUUGACUGUGGAGAUGCAAAGGCCUGCCUGGCAGCGCUGCGGCAGCUGAGAGGAGGCAGAGAUGUUGCUGUGGAGUUGGAGGAGCUAGUAGCAGAGCGGGCCUCCUGCCAGGGCCGGCGGUCAAGGCGACCAUGGGAGCUGUUCCGGGACAGGGCCCUACGGAGACAGGUGAUAAGCCUCGUGGUUCUGGGCAGCGCCAUGGAGCUGUGUGGAAAUGACUCGGUGUACGCCUACGCCUCCUCCGUGUUCCUGGCAGCUGGCAUGCCAGAAGAGAUGGUCCAGUACGCCAUUAUUGGGACAGGGAGCUGUGAGUUGCUCACGUCAUUCAUCAGCUGUGUGGUGAUCGAGAGAGUGGGUCGACGAGUGCUGCUGAUGGGGGGUUACUGCCUGAUGACCUGCUGGGGGAGCAUCUUCACAAUCGCCCUGUGCCUGCAGAAUUCCUUCCCCUGGAUGCCUUUCCUGGCCAUGUUCUGCAUCUUUGCCUUCAUCCUCAGCUUUGGUAUCGGCCCAGCUGGAGUGACAGGCAUCCUGGCCACUGAGCUAUUUGACCAGACAGCCCGGCCUGCUGCCUACAUGGUCUGUGGGGCACUCCUGUGGAUCAUGCUGUUCCUGGUGGGGCUGGGCUUCCCCUUCCUCAUGGAGGGCUUGUCUUCCUUCCUCUAUGUCCCUUUCCUCAUCAUCUGUGUCUGUGGGGCCAUCUACACCGGCUUGUUCCUUCCUGAGACCAAAGGCAAGACCUUUCUGGAAAUAUCUGAGGAACUGCACAAAAUCAACUUCCCUGGCAGGAGCCAGGGGCCUAUGUGGAGGGGUCCGGAGAUCAUCGGCUCCACAGAACUCUAG